ACUUCAGUGCUAAUUUUCCUUCCACAAGUUGACAUGAAUUAAACUGAAGGAUCUUGUUCUUGUUAACAUGUAAUAUUACUUUGCAUUAUCAUCUGGGAUAGGUCUUAGAUAAUGUGUAAAUUAAGGGAAAAGGAAGACUACCUUUCAGUAUUCUACUAGGAAACCAGCAGGGAUGCUUUCAAGCCUCAUUUACUGUGUUGGAUUAGGAAUGUGAGUCUUCCAUGAGGAUAAUAGCUUAAAUUCUUGGAUCCAUGGUUGUUCAUUCUUCCCUUUUUUUCUGUGUAUUUCACUUCCUUUAAGGCCAUUCUCAUUCUUCUGUGGGUUUUUACAUUUAAUUCACUAUGUUCAAUGACCAGAACAUUUGGUCUAGUUUAAGUGUUUGGUGAGAAUGUAGCUACAUAGAAACCAGGCAUCUGCAUCUCUGCAAGCUGUCCUAUGCUGCAUUUAUUUGGAGUGGCUACAAUUCCAAUACUUGCCUUUCUUCCUUACUGUCUUUACAGAUGGCAUGGAAAAUCACUGAAACUGUAAGGCUAGAAAAUAUUAUUGCUUGCUUCUCCUUCCCACUCCCACCCUAGUUCUACUGUAACAGGUGACUGAAUUGCAAGCAGUAGAAUAUGGCUGGACAAAUCUCGGAAGCUGAUCAGAUCAAGCAGUUCAAGGAGUUUCUUGGAACAUACAAUAAAAUUACAGAAAACUGCUUCCUGGAUUGCAUAAAAGAUUUCACUAGCAGAGAAGUUAAACCAGAAGAGAUGACUUGCUCAGACCACUGCCUACAGAAGUACUUAAAAAUGACACAAAGGAUCUCCAUGAGAUUCCAGGAGUACCACAUCCAGCAGAAUGAAGCUCUGGCAGCUAAAGCAGGACUGCUUAGUGCACCUCGUUAGAUAAGAGCGCUCUGUUCAGACUUUACAAGCAGUGUCAGUGUUUGUUGGGCAAGAACACAUUUUGGAUUUUCUACUGUCAGGAUGUGUGUCCAGCAACUCACAGUUCUAGGUGCUGUUCAGACAGUAGAAACUAUGGAAGGUUAAACAAGAAAUUAGUCAUGGUGGACUGGCAAUGGAGUCUGUUUCUGAGGUUCUUUUCGCUCUACAAUGGAAUACUACUGAUAGAAACUGCUCCAGGGCCUGCAGACUGGUAUGUUUAACUUUCAAGGGUGGUGGGAGGGUUAUGCUUCCUUUCUGCUAGGACUGAUUCAGAUAAAUAAAUGGAAUAUGGGAAAUACACUUUUUUUUUAUUUAAUUAAAAUGAAUGGGAACUAUA